GCUCUAAAGAUUAAACUGGAUCUUUUGAUAGCAAAGACACUAAUUGGUGCACUUUCAAAGGAUUGACGUAGCUGAAUGCUAUCUGCAUCACAGGAACCACAAAGUAAUAAUGGGAUAGCUAAUCUGCUGCAACAAAUCCCAGUCAACUGCUGCAGCCGAUUAAACAUUUAGCUCUUGUAUUCGCAAGCAGGAACAACGAACGGCGAAAUCCUUUUGGCUGCUUUCCUGAUGUCACGCUUGAUCAGUUAGGAAUCACAUCGAGGAAUUUCAUUGAGCAUUUCAGCAAGGUGACAAACUGAUGAGCUGCACUGGAAAUUUCAAAUCUUGCUCCAGUAGAUGACUAUUCUACUGGCAAAGCUGCCCUGAACUGUAUGAAAAGCAUUCAUAGGUUUACCAGAAAACAAGCACUGAGGAAGGGAUUAGGAAUGCGAGCACUUCAACUGUGACCAGAAAAAAAAUACAGUGAUGCAAAGAACAGUUUAGGAUGCUGCACAGUGUAAAUCGAACAGUUACGAAAGUCUGGUUGGUGAUGAAUAAGCAGGUAUUAAACUGCCCCAUGAGAUGAACAAUAUCAGAGAUGGGCAGCAAUGAGACCAAAUGAAGGUGGGACAGCAGUCUAUAAACGUACAGGAACCUGGUCGGAAUGCACACAAGCCUUGCUACUUCAGCUGACACAGCAGGAAAGAAGCCCUUGUUUCAUGACUGGGUAUCUGAAUGGAUGAAGAAUGAAGAAGCUCCAGAAAUAUUAAGUGCGAAGCCAAAUGUUUUAGAAACCCAACGGGGAGUAGAAUUGAAUGUGUGCAUGUCAAUAAAACAGAUUCUGGUGAGCCUAUCAGGAUUAUGAACUCUUUGGAUAACUGGAGUGCAGAAAAACCAAGGAUCAUGCAGGGUCGUCCAAAACACGUGGAUGGUUUUAGUGAUACGUCGAGUGCUGGAAGCAUUUUGGAUGAGGCAGAUAGAGAAGUAAGUAGACUUACGGAGCGUGCUUUUAAGAGCUUGUGUGUUGCAGAAGAAGGCAUCUGUAAUGAUUUGGAUAUAUCCAGCUUUCCAUCAGCUGUCAGUGUGAAUCAGGCAAGUGACCUCCCAAGUUCAGACAGGAGCAAGCUUUCUACGGGCGAAUUGAAGAACUGCAAUAAGUCAUCGAAACUAAUCCAAAAACAACCAAAAGAAUUACCUGACACAUUCCAGGAAUCAACAGUACAGUGUUCUGUCGAAGAAAACGACGCUAAAGGUAGCACAGGAAAUGGUUUCCUAAAGGAAACAGUUGGAUCAAGUCAGAAACCGAGCAUACAAAAGUCAAAAGUUUCCUCUUUGAUUGAAGCAUUUGAUCAAAGUGAUAAUGAUUUCACAGGAGACCUCAUUUUGACUGCAAAACAAGCUAUGAGUGGACAGUCUGAAUUAGCAGAGGAAAGUGACGUUAAAAACAUUGCACAGUGGGACUCAUCAGCUGUCAUCAACAUGCACAAAGAGAAAUCAAGCUUUUCGGCCGCAUGUCAAGAAAAUUAUUGGGUUAACAAGAAGCAACUUCCACCAGGAAAAGGCAGCAAAGCCAAUAUUUUGAAGUACAUGAAAAGUGCACAGCACAGAAAGCUAGGUCACCCCACUGACUUGACAAUUCUUCAACAUUCUAGUAAAAAGUCAGAUGAAAGCCCAUCUGAAAAAGCCAGCAAGGUGAAGAAACCGGAUUUAAAAAGCAAUUUCCUUCACAGUGAGUGCAGCGCGUUCAAAUCCUGGCACGAUCACAGUAAGUUUCUGUUUGAGGAGGAUGACCACAUUGAAGGUGUCAAUCUUCAGUCCAGUAUGCAGAUGCAGAACUUGUGUGAUGAUAUUAUCAGUUGCAGAAGGGCACAUUCACUGGUACAAGUGCAGUCCCCAAAUGAACUCAGAACUAACACAACACAGAAGCCGGUGAACUGUUCGCCCAGUAGUAAGGAUUCAGAUUUUCGCCCAUUUAUGCCUGAAGAAAAUAAUUAUAGUGUCAAAGAAAAUGCUGAGCAAGACAAUAGUUUGCAGGUAGUUAGCCCUGAAAAGAAUAGUGGCGGUGCAAUAGAAAAUGGGGACGAGGAAAAAGGUUUCCAGCUGUGGAGAAGCUCAAGAAAUCCACAGUAUAAAAAGCAAGUGGAUUCAGAAAUUGCGAGUGGGGAAGUUGCCUCCACAGAAGGCCACCUUGCAGUUGACCUUAAAGAAGCUCCAACAUUGACUGAACAACUUCCUCGAGAGGAGAGUCCGUCUUUCAGUAUUUCAAAACUCCUAACACCAAGUAUUGUCCACAAUGCAAAUGGAACAGGCGUGUCAACAAACCAGCCAAUUGUACUGACACCUCCUCUGAUUCAACUUCCUGUGACACAGGGGAAUGAGCUUAAAGGACGUACUGAUUACCAAUCGCGUGAUAGUUAUAAAUCCAAGGCUUCAAGCCUGCUGUAUAACCUCAAAGAUGUCAGGAAACGAGUAAAAUCCACCUACUCAUCUGCUGUUACUCCACAGAACCUUUCUGAGCAAGGCAGAAACAAGGACCACAUUUUCCAAAGCAUACAUCGAGCCAAUGAAAGAACGGCUUCUGCACCUUUAAGGCUGGACAAUCAGGAAGACUAUAUGGGUGACUCCAGUGAACAGGAAAAACCUGACAAAAUGCCCAAUGCCGUAACUGCAACACCUACUGCUGGGUGUCUCAGUAAAGUUGCAAUAAUCCAUAAAGCUGAGCCAGACACAUGGAAAAAAGAUGACUAUCUCAACUUAAGGUCCCCGCAAACAGUUAAAGAAGCAGGAACUUACCCCACUUGGCGAACCAAAAAUGCGAGGCCUCAAUCUGCAAUGAUAGCAACGGAAAUUCAGGCAGAGAGGGGCUUGGACACCAAGGUUGCAUAUCAGCUGAACAAACUCAAUCAAAAGAGGGAAACAGAUUGCCCUUCUACAACUUUACAGAAAAAAUCAGUGUUGGCAAGAAAUAGCCCAGAGGGAACAAAGGCAGUGCAAGAAAAAGCAGAAGAGAAACAAAAUCGAUUCCAUCGCAACAGGAAACCUGAAUGUCCCUUGUUCAGCCACAUGUGCAAAGCUAACUGCCCAAAUGAGAAUAAUUUCAGAAAGCAAGGUGACAAGUUGGCAUUACAAAGAGCAGAAGACACUUGUCGACCAAUGUUGGAAGCGGAUGUGUCAAGCAAUGAGAUAUCUUCUCAUUCUGCGAAAGAAGGCAAAGUUAUGCAGGACUUUAAGUUACCCAACCAGUCCUAUUUUGUCUUAGGUGAUGAUUGCUCUCAGGAUGCAGAACGUGUGAUGGGUGACCACUCAACUGAGAGGUGCGCUGCCGGCAAUGCCAAAAGGAGUUUUUUGAAUAGUUAUCCUGCAGCUGAGGUGCUGAAAGAUGUUGAAAAGAAUGAGUUGCAAUAUUGUGCAUUGAGUGACCCAGCUGCAAAUUUUGAGAGGAAAGACGAGAAUCAAAACCUACCUAUGGAGUUUCAGAGUCAUCUCCAAGAGAAAAUGCCAAGAGAUUUAACAGGACAUAGAGUAAAAGACAAUAGUCCCUUGGACAUGUUGUGUGAAGAAAAAUUCUACAGCAUUUUUUCAAAGCAAGAAAUACGAGGACCAGGAAAUAAUAUCACAAAGUCACCAAGGCCUACUAUGAUUAAAAUCAAAGAUAACAUGUUGAAAACAUCCUCAGUAACUAAAAGUAUGAAACCAGCUAUGCCCAAAUCAGCACCUGAGGGUGGGGAUGUGAAUACUUUUAAGGAAACACCAAACAUGUUUGUGCCAGAAAGAAACCCAGAAUGUGACAAACUUGACUCUGAGGAGAUGGCGACGGGCAGGUCGGCAGUGAUGAAUCCUCGGCCAGACUCGACGUGUAGUAUAGAUUCAAAAACAGCAGGGAAACCUCCCGUUGUUCCUCCGAAGUCUGAAAAAGCAUUACGCCGAGCCAAAAAGUUAGCCACCAGGAGAAAAAGGACUGAUAGCAAGCAGAAAAAGCAAAGUGAUGAUGACACGGAAACCAAUAUGGCUAUCUCAAAAGCACCAGUGUCUCCCCCACGUGUACCCAUAUCACAAAUACCUAUUGUUUGUUCUCCGGUACCUACACUGCCAACUGAUUCGUGUGUUAUUCCAGCUGUACCCAACAUCAUGGCAUUAAAUAGUACACGGCCGAUUGCAUCCGUACACUCAUUUCCAUUAAGCCAGCGAAAAUUGCUUCAAGAUCCUGAAUCUGGCCAGUACUUUUUUGUAGAUAUCCCUAUCCAAGUGCAGACAAAGACAUUGUACGAUCCAGAAACUGGCAAAUACUUCCAGGUGUCCAUACCCUCAACAGGUCAAAAUGCAUCACUAGAUUUUUUUAAUAAUUCCUAUGUGUUAUAUCCUGGGUUUCUGUCCUUUCCUUUAACUUCAGUAUCAGCCAUCAGGUCACCUUCUCAAAUGUCAGCGCCAGCAAUUCUCCUGGACGUACAGGAAAAGGAGGAACCUUUAAACGAAUGGACUAACACUGACUUGAGAUGCACAGGGGAACAAGGGAAUCAACCAUAUAUUGAGACACUUUUUGAUCCUCAUACUGGGUGCAGGGCAGGUAUUGAAGAUGAGACUCGGUGCAGUGCAAUGAGCAGUCAGUUACAACCAGGAGGCCAUAAUUUGGAGUUAAUUGUCAUGGGGGAUCUGGAGGAUAUUGCCAUUGAAAACAAUUAGCAAAAGGUAACGCAGGCUGUGACAAUUCCAUACUGAAGGAAUCUCAGCAUUUUAAAGAAUACAUCCAUGUCCGUAGAAUAACUCAGAAACGACAUCUGGAGUGGUUCAUAUAUGUUACUGCUUUGUAAGCUGGUUUAUAAUAAUUCAGGUGUUAAACUAGAUGUGGCAUCAGAAAUUGGAAAAUCUAAUAAAGAAGCAAAUGUAUAUAAAA